AUGGACAAAAAAUUCGAUACCACCGUGGAUAAAUACGAAGUCGCCAGCAGUGAUGACGAAAACAUCAAGGUGGUCCAGAAACAUGCUGCUAUCGGCGCUGUUCAGGUCACAGACGACAAGGAGGUCUUCCUCAUCCCCUCACCCAGUGCUGACCCUCGAGACCCUCUGAACUUGCCGAGAUGGAGGAAGGUUAUAUUCAUCUUACUGCUGUCUACAUUCUCCAGCCUCGGGCUAGCCUUGGUCUCAGGCUUUGGCGGCCUCCUCCAGUUCUACAUCCCGGAGUACGCGGCUCGUGGAGCUACCUACAGCGACAUUACAGCGCUCAUGACCUAUCCUAGCAUGUUCAUGGGCGUUGGAAACCUCGUCUUCAUGCCAAUCGCGAUGUCUAUUGGCCGCCGUCCCGUAUAUCUGUUCUCUUGCGCCCUGCUCGUCGCGUCUGCAAUCGGUGCAGCCUAUGUCAAGACCUACGAGGCCCACUUGGCUGUACGGAUGGUGCUCGGUUUGGCCGCCGGGCAGAGUGAAGCUCUGGUACCAAUGAUGAUUCAAGAGAUCCACUUCCUUCACGAACGGAGUACAUUCCUGAUGUGGCAAUCAGCAAUCCAGACGAUCAUUGCUGCGAUAUACGUCCUAUUUGCUUCCCCUAUCGCUGGAUCAAUUGGGCCUGGAAACUGGUACAUACUUGGUGGCGGGCUGAGCGCUUUGGUCUUGGUCCUAUCGAUAUUCUUAGCACCUGAGUCAAAAUAUCAACGCACACUGGCUGCAUACGGACAGGUCACCGACCCUGACGAUCCUGCUGCUGUCAGUCGGCCAGUACGGAUCACAGAGCGACCAGCUCUGGAUUUGGCAAGAUACCAACCUCGAACGCUCAAAUCGGACAUGCGCAUGUUUGUUAAUGAGAUGGACUGGGAAGAGGGAGCGUACACAUUUAUACAUACAUUCCAGAUCCUUCUCUUCCCAAAUGUUCUUUGGGCUUUCUUGCUCAACGGCCUUACUAUUGGCGUGAACAUCGCCCUGGGCACGACUUAUGCCGGCAUCAUCACGGCACCUCCGUACAACUGGGCUGACAAGUCCGCGUCGUAUGUCAACACUGGUCAAAUCGUCGUUGCCCUGAUUGCGUUGCCUCUCCUGGGCAAUGGUUCAGACUAUGUCAUAAAGUGGCGCGCGAAGCGGCAUGGCGGUGUUCACUACCCAGAGAACAGACUUCUUCUGCUCUGGAUUCCAGUGACCAUCGGCGUCAUUGCAGCAGUGCUCUACGGACAAGCAGGCUCGCAUCCAGACAAAUAUCACUGGUUUACAAUCGUCUGGUCAUACGCAGCAUACUACUUCGCCUUCGUUGGUGCCAAUAUCGCUGCUAUUACUUACCUGCUCGACGCAUACCCGACUCGAGCGGCACCGGUGUUGGUGGUAAUCACAGCACUGCGAGGUUUCAUCAGCUUCGGUACGAGCUAUGGAGUGGCCAAAUUCGUGGAGACAUCAGGAUACGAUGGAUCGUUUGGAACAUAUGGGGGCUUGACUGCAGCACUCGGACUUCUCGGAAUUCCCAUUUUUGUAUAUGGUAAACAGAUUCGGAAGUUCACCGAGAGAUGGGUAACGAAGGAGACUUCUGGGCCGUCGAUGUCGCACUGA